UUUUGCUCCGCUCUUUUGGUCGGGCGAGGGAUUUCGGGGGAAGCGGGGCCGGGAAAUCGCACUCCGCCCCCGGAAUGUGCGAGGAGGAGGCGGAAGUCGGAGCGAGUCGAGUGGGUACGGGGCAGAGCGGCAGCACGACCGCUGACAAUGGACUGGCACUUCAGCUUCUUCUGGAGCCUUUCCCUGCCGUUUUGCAUUUCCGCUCCCUCCAGCGGCUGCGACAUUGAGACCCAGUACUUAAAGGGUGGCCGGUGUUGCUUCAAGUGUGGUCCUGGCUCGUACAUGAGAAGUGAGUGUAACACAACGGUAUACCCAGAUUGUCAUCCUUGUGGAAACGGCACCUACCAGCAGCAGUGGAACAAGAACAGUUCCUGCAAGAAGCACUCGUCUUGUGAUCCUGGAGAAUUUGAAGUUAUAAAAGCCGGUGACUUUAUCAGCGAUGUGGUGUGCAUGUGUAAAGAAGGGAAGCACUGUCCUAACAGGGACUGUGAGGUCUGCAGGGAUGAUGACGUGUGCCUGCAGGGAUCAGGAGUCAAAACCCCAGGUGAUCGAAAAUACCAGGGCACAGUAUGCGAAGAAUGCAAAGAAGGAUUCUAUUCAAAUGUGUCAUCCUCUAUUGAGCCCUGCAGGAAAUGGACGAAUUGUACAUCACUCGGACUGAUUGAAGCUCAACCUGGCAGCUCAAAGGCUGACGUUGUCUGCGGUGUUCCGUUACCAAACAAUGGAUGUUGCAAAGGAGCAAUUAUUCCCUUGGUUCUGAUUACUAUCGUCCUCAUAAUUCUGGUUGUCUGCAGCCAGCUGGGUUAUCUGAAUGCUGCCAAGGAAGCCAUAAGAAGGCGGAUGACGAGAGGAAGGGAAGAGGAGGACCCCAAGGAUGCAGCUCAAAUAGACAGGCUGAUAGAUGGCGUACCCACACCGGAGAGUGGGCUACACGCAGGGAUCCAGGAAGAGGGCAAGGACAGCCACCCCUCCGAGGAGGAACAGAACCACAUUGCCACUUCGAUUGGGAGGGAAGACUUCAAGUGUAGACAAGAUGCUAAUGGAAGUACGGGAAGGCAGUGGGUGGACAGAGACAUUGCAUUGCCGUGAAUCCGUGGCUGAAGCAACAUGCCGUGGACUUCAUCAGGUUUCCCUUGAAAUAUUGUGGCUUUCAUUUUAAUCCAGAGCAUUUUAUUUUGCCUUCAACACAUUAUUUCUAUAACGCUGCACCCAAGGAACCCUGUGAAGUUUAAUCACCGGUAACGUUUCUCAUUGGAUCAGUGUACUAAGGGAUUCCUGUUCUGAUGGAAGCAUUGAACAGACAAAGUGGUCACUCUCAGGGCAGGUGGGUUCAAGGACAUUGAUUGUUCUGAUAUGAAGUUCUUUGUGCUGCAACCAUCCCUGACAAAUCUCUUAUCUUGGGUGUUUGAGGUUGGUGCAGAGAUUUGCUCAUUGCUGCUUGGGAGUGGAUUCAAUGGGGGUUGGACUAAGCCCUAUCAUCCAUCUCUACCAGACGUAAUGUGUGUGUUUCGAGAAGGAGGUUUGGGCUCAUCAUCGCAUCGUGAUUUCUCAACAUCUAUGGCUUUGGGUAGAGAUAUGGAAUGAACUCUCAGUGGGUGAGAUUUCAGAGAAGCUGCCACUGGUCACGGGCAAUUGGCCAGUGUGAGAUGGCCACUGCUGGUCACUCUCCAGCUUGUCUAGAUACAUCAAGAGAGGAGGAGGGUACGAAACAGCUAGAACAAUGACAAGAACAUAACCCCAUAACUGCUGAGAGAGAAGCCAUUCGAACUUCAUCACUGGUCAUUUCAUUGAAACCACUUGUAAGCUCGUACCUUUGUAAUUUCAUUAGUCGAUUCGUUAAAAAUUUCACAUUAAUGGCAAUCUUCUUUUACUUAUCUCACUGAGGAUUUUUUCAGCUGCUUUGAUAAUGAAAGUGAUGACAUUAAUUAGUCUGAAUUUACUACAACUGUAGGUAGCAUGAUUUUGCUUUAUUUUGUUGUUGGGGAGCCACAUAGGAACAGCGAUCAAAAGUUCUUACUGAGGGCGGUUGUGAACUUAGGUCAGAGGAACUGUGUGGUGUUACGUCUUUAGUGCAUCGUGAUCUGUUUAAGCUUCAGCUGUUAAAGUGGGAAUCUAUAACUGAUACUUCAUUAAUUUAACUGAUAAACUUAAAUUAAUUAGCUAAAAGACCAAGUGAAUUUAUUAAAUAAGUAAUUAGUCAUCAAUUGAAUACUCAAGCAAGGUUAGAUAGGGAUCAUUGGGAAGGAGGAGGGCACCACUCUUCCAGUGUGGGUACUCACAGAAAGCAGAGUCCCAGAUAGCCAAAUUUGUGGCUCUCAUAUUUUGAGGAACAAAGCCAAACUUACGUGCAAGACAUUGUAAUGUGUCAGGAACAGUGGAGCAUAGCGUGGACACUUCAACCCAAGAGUCAGUGGCACAGUUUAGGUUUGGUUCCCAGUGUGUGGCAGGGGCUUGUGAUGUACUGGGCUGGCCAGUGAGGCGGAAGCAGUGUUGGAAGAGCUUCCAGCCAUUGCCUUUGUUUGUCAUCUGUGAGAAACUUGCUUAAUCUGGACAAGAAUAAGGAAUGCUAAGAAAUGGACAAGCUGUGACUUUAAUGAAUGAAGGAGAAAACUCAAGAGGUUGAUUGCCAACUCCUGCUUUGUUACUUUUGAUUUUGUGACUGAAAAGAUUAUGGUAUGAUACAAUCAGUAGCACGUUAAAGGAACAAGAGAGGGAUGUAGUCGAAUAUAAUACCAUGGACUACAGUCGCAAUUGGAACUGUGACUGCAGACAAAGCAUCCAUUUGUCAUUCAUAUUGGAAUUAGUAUGCAGUCCGAGCUAAAAUUCAGGUUCUGCUGAGGGAAUUUGAAGAGCUUUAUUAUGAAUUCAAAAACAAAACCUCAAAGGUAAUAACUCUCCAUAUUGCUACCAGUGCCAUGUACUCAUUGACAAUGGCAAAGAGUAGAGGUGUAAAUGUAAAGGUAGUGUGGGAGAGGGCAUUUUAUUUCCUGGGGCACUGGGGAAAGAUUUUUGCCACUUUGGGAUAGACUCCUCUUGGAAUGAACUCAGCCCGAUCUCCUGCAAAAUUGUAUAAUUCAUGUUGGAGGGAGGACUCAAAAUCAAAGACUCAAGAGGUUCUGCGGGUGCUGGAAAUCCAGAGUAACACAUACAAAAUGCUGGAGGAACUCAGCAGGUCAGGCAGCAUCUUUGGAAACAGUUGAUAUCUCGGACCGAGAUCCUCUAUCAGGACUGUCUCCAUAGACGCUGCCUGACCUGCUGAGUUCCACCAGCAUUUUGCAUGCAUUGCUCUAAACCAAAAGAAGCUGGAAGGUGAGUCAGGGUAGAAGUAGAUAUCCGAAGAACGGAAUCAAGUCUGUAGAGUGAAAUAAAGUCAAGCCAGUUAGAAAAGGCAAAGAGUUUUAACAGCAUUAACGACAGGGGUCACAUGCAAAAAUAGUAAAGUUGGAAGCACUCUAUCUAAAAGUUUAUAACAUUACAGUGAAAUCUGCAAUGGGUCUCUGCAACUCAAGAUACUUUCACAGAGACCACUGAACUUGAGUCUGAAGUGCAAUUCUUGCAAAGUGCCCAACAUGAGGACAUUUAGAUCUAAAAUAUACAGUAAAUGCCACUACCAGAAUUAAAUGACUUUGUUGUCUUUUCUGAUACCUGGUUGUAGAGAGACCAGGUGUGACUUCUAGAAAACAUAAACAAACAGUAAAGAGUGCCUUGAUAAUAAUGGAUAAUGUCAUAAAAUUGUGUGGAUACGAUAGUUGAAAAAUUAAGUUGUAGCCAGUUAGGAGAAAAAAGACAGAAAUUACUGAUAGGAAUUGUUGGUAAACACACUAAUCCAAGUUUUAGACAAAUAAAUCAGGAGGAGCAUAUUGGCAAGGAAAUAAUCGUGGGAAGUUUUAAACUUCACAAAGUUUAGACAAACCAAACUGGCAAAAUGGGGAAGUGCAUGGAUUUGAAGGCAGUUCCCUAGAUCAACCAGCCAAGGAGCAUGCUAGAUUAUAUGUUGACUAGGGCUAGUUAAAAACCUUUAGAUCAAGAAUUAUCCUGGGAUCCUAAUAAGACAGGACUUCAUAUAAAAUUUGAUUGAUAAGGUUAACACAGAAAUUAAAACUCCUAAUUUGAAAAAAAAAACGCCAAUAAUGAAGAAUUGGAGAUUGCCAGCGGUAGACUGGUAUAAUGUACAUUUUGCAUGCUGUUAUUUUGCACAUCAAUAUGUGUGUUUUUAUUGUGGUCCUGAUGGGACAUGACCUUCUUGGUGUUCCCUGCUUUACAACAGUGUAAUAUUGUCUGGAAUUUUCAGUUUGCACCCCAUCUUAAAGACACAACUUGUGAAUAAUGUGUUUUUUUCAUGCAGCUUUGUCAAUAAAUCUUUACAUCUCCUAUUUUCAGAGGUAUCCUGUGUCUGAGUGCAUUCCUGGAGAU